CGUUGCUUCCGUGUGAUGCGCGUGACGUCACUGGCGGAGGGCGCCGCACUAUCUGCCGAUAUCGAUACUUAUCUCCGAGGUAUCGUCGCUAUCGACAGUUAUCAGGUAGUGCUGCCCGUCGACGGACGAUACAUAUACACAAUGGCUGAGUUGAAGCGCUACACAUACGCGGACGUGGCCAUCCGCAACGGCACCAAGGGCCAGCCCAUCUGGAUGGUGUACAAGGACGUCGUCUACGACUUCACCUCAUACAAAGAUGAACACCCCGGCGGCUACGACACCCUGAUGGAGGGCGCGGGUAUCGACGCCACGUCCGCCUUCGACGACGCGGGGCACUCCAGCGACGCCUACAAACAGCUGGAGCCUUACAAGAUCGGAGUCAUCGUUGAUGAGGAAAAGAAGUACGAUGCAAACGGCAAGAAGAUCAAGAAGCAGAAGGUGGUAGCCGUACAGCCUGAGAAGCAGAACACGAGCAGGAGUUGCAUGAACCUGAUCACGUGCGGCCUCAUCGGCUGACCUCUCACCACUCAACCAUAAUACUCUUACACAUCAGCCACCUAGUCAAGUAACACUAUGUAUUCGUAGAAGUGAGAUGGCGCUACGUAAUGUGGAGUAUUCCGUCUCGCUUCCACAUCAGCAAUAGUUUUACUUUUAAAGAUGGCUGCCGGUCUCCUGUCACGAUAUUUUAGGUUUAAGUAACAAAGAGGGAUUUAACAGUAAUUUUAAAUUAUUUGAUGGCUGAGUUUAUGCGUUAAGCCAUAUUUUGAAAGAAAAAAUAAAUUUUAUACAUAGAAAAGAUUAUUGAAAUGAAAAGAGUAUAAAAAUGAACAAACAUCUGUGAUUGAAACUGGCACAAAAGUCGAAGCGUCUCGAUAAAAAAGUUUUGUCAACUAGCUCUAUAAUUUAUGACAAGGUUUAAUUCAAACCUUAUGCAAGCAGAUUGCGUGUGGAUAUUGAUCGAUUAAGAUGAAAUGAAAUGCCAAGUUUCUUAAAGAGGACUUAAGUUAUAUAAAGUUAACGAGAUUAAUUGGGUGAUAAUGAACGAAAACACAAAAUAAUCAAAUCGUUUAAAAAUAUAACUUUAUAGAGCCAGUUCGAGAUAAACAUGAACAUCACUUCAGAAUAGUGCUUUAUAUAUUAAACUAGGAUUAAGAAAA